CUGCGAGAAGAUCCAGAACUUUGACUUUUAAAAAUGGCAAAAAUCAAUUUGAGUAUAGUUGUUUUAGAGGUUGCACUGCUCUUGCUUGCAGAGACAUGGGCUCAAAAUCUCAGGAAGAGACAGGCGCUUCCAAAGCCUUCCAAGGGUCAGUGCUGCGACGAGGUACGCUCUCUCAAAGUUCAAGUGGCCAAUCUCACCAGCCUCUUUGAGGAGCUGAGUCGCAAGCAGGAGACAGACAUGAAGAAACUUGUGAAGCAAAUACUAGAUCUGGACCAGCAGAGCCGACAGCAAGAAGUCCGAGUCACAGAGGCAGAGAGCAAGUACUCUGAGAUCAACAACCGUGUGGAGAUCAUGCAGCUGCAAACCGCACAGUCUGCUCCUAAGACUUCAUCAGAAGCCACAUAUGACUGUGCAUCACUCUACAGCAAGAACUACAAGAUCUCUGGCGAGUACAAACUGCCUAAAGAUGAGUUUCUGGGAACACCUGAACUCCCCAUCUUCUGUGAUAUGGAGACAAAUGGAGGUGGCUGGACUGUGAUUCAAAGGCGCAGUGUUGGCCUCACAUCCUUUAACCGUGACUGGAAGCAGUACAAACAAGGAUUUGGAUCCAUCCGUGGAGACUUCUGGCUGGGCAAUGACAACAUCUUCCGCCUAACAAGGCAGCCAAGUACACUUAGGAUUGAUAUGGAGGACUGGGAAGGAGAAAAACGCUAUGCCGAGUAUGGCUUUUUCACAGUCAGUAAUGAGCUCAACAGCUACAAGCUCUUCCUGGCCAACUACAGUGGAAAUGCUGGAGACUCUCUGCGGUACCACAACAACACCAACUUCAGCACCAUGAACAAAGACAAUGACAAAUGUUUGGACGACUGUGCGGCCCGGCGCAAAGGUGGGUACUGGUACAACUGCUGCACUGACUCAAAUUUGAACGGUGUUUAUUAUCGCUACGGUAACCACAUAAAGAACCAAGAUAAGAACCAAGAUGGGAUCACUUGGUACGGCUGGCAUGGACCCACCUACUCCCUCAAGAAGGUGGAGAUGAAGGUCCGACCAGUUAAUUUUCAGUCAUAAGUGUUUCGGCUGGGUUUUCUGGAUCGAGAUCAUACGCAUGAAUAAAGAGAGUUCUCAAUAAUACCCGUUUAACUGUUCUACCAAACUGUGGCUUUUCCUGGACUGCGA